CGAAAUGGAACAGAACUAUUUCCAGAUUGGUUCAGAUGCACUAAAAGAUUUUCCGAUGGACAAGAAACAAGAGUGAUGCAACUAAAACGAAAAUAUAUUUUUUUGUCAUAGUUUGAGUGGGUUUUCCUCAUCGAGCUGAAACAGAUUUAAUUUCUAUUGAUGGUGGUGACUUAAGUCCCAUCAGAGGGCAAGAUGCUGAUGACUUGAGGGAUCUAUACCUAUGUGUAUUAUUGAUUCUUACCCACAUAUGCUCGCAUUGUACAUAACUUGAAAUCCUUCUAUGUAUAUUUUUUAUUCAUACAAUAAAAAUGCUAAAAUAAUCAUGGCACAUACCAGUAACGUUCGCUGAAUGCUUGAAUUAACUUUUUCAGUUCAAAAUAUGGAUUCCAACAUCCUACCAACAGUUCUAAGAGCCUCACUCCCGCCAAAACUGGAAAAAAUCAAAUAUGGCAGCUAUACAGAAAAUGACUAUGAUUACCCAAUACAUUUGUAUUUGAGAGAAAACGAUAUAACAGUUCAGGAAGAUGGUAGUGAUAUCAUCGAAUUUUUAAGGGGAAAAAAUGUGUUGAUUACCGGCGCCACUGGAUUUUUAGGCAAGCUUCUUCUAGAAAAACUGCUAAGAUGCUGCAAAGACAUUGGAACAAUCUACGUCAUUAUUAGGACAAAAAAAGGGGAAGAUCCUCGAAGAAGACUGAAAGAUUUUCUUAAUAAUUGGGUAUUUUAUAAAUUGUCGCAAAUCCAUACCAGCUAUAAAGACAAAGUGGUUGGCAUCAGUGGAGACUUCGAUCUCGAUGGACUAGGACUUUCGGAUGAUUCAAGAAAGAUUUUAACAGAAAAUGUCAACAUCAUUUACCAUGGAGCAGCUACAGUCCGUUUUGAUGAACCUAUCAAAAGAGCCGUCAAAAUCAACAUCGAAGGCUGUCAGCAACUAAUUCAAUUGGCCAGAGAAUGCAAAAAACUUGACGUUUUUGUUCAUAUCAGUACAGCGUACUCAAACUGCCAAGAAAUGCUGAUCAAAGAAGAAUUUUAUCCACCACAUAUAGAUCCCUACAAGUUAAUGAUGAUGACUAAGGAGUUACCGGAUGACAUUUUAGAAAAAAUCACGCCAGGAAUGUUGCAGUCCAUUCCUAACACCUACGCCUACACGAAACAGAUAGCAGAAGAUCUAGUAAAAAGAGAAGCUGUCGGAUUACCUGCGUGUAUUCAAAGACCGUCAAUAGUAAUAGCUUCAGCCAAAGAGCCAAUAAGAUCAUGGGUAGACAAUAUUUACGGACCUGUAGGCUUAAUUAUAGGUGCUGCUAUAGGCCUUGUACACAUAUCGCCUGUAAAUCCUAAUGGAUUAGCCGAUUGUGUACCAGCUGAUUUUGUUAUAAAUAAUUGUAUAGCCGCUUCAUAUAAAACUGCUAGAGAACGAAAACUUGAUCAAAUUCCCAUCUAUAAUGUUACUUCGUCAAACUCCAAUCCUCUACGUUGGAAAGACUUGUUUUUGUCCACCAAGCAAGGUGCAAAAGUAGGCUCCAAAUUUCUUCUCAGUAAAGGCUACCUUAAGUAUACUACUUGCUGGACCUGGUACUAUAUUGUUAACUUCCUACUUCAUACCAUACCAGCCGUUAUAGUUGAUUUUGUACUGGAGCGACUGGGGAAGAAGCCUUUGCUGCGCAAAGCCUAUGGGAAAAUUGACAAAUUCAUCAACAGUUUGGCUCAUUUCACUUUGAACGAGUGGAAGUUUAUUGAUGAAAAUGCGCAAAGCUUAUGGAACGAGCUGAAUGAUACAGAUAAAGGUAUCUUUCCGUUUGAUAUGAAGGUCUUGAAGUGGGAAGAAUAUUUUGAUACGUAUUUUGCCGCAUUGAGAGAGUUUAUUCUCAAAGAUUUUUUCGAUACUUUAGAUGAAGGAAGAAUUUUGAUGUUGAAGUUGGACAUAAUCCACUACACGUUUGUGACCCUUUUAAUCGGGUUGUCAGUGUAUUUCCUAGCAAAGACAAUAUUCUGUUUCAUUCCUUUAUUGUUCAUCAGUGUAACUGUAUUUUAUCUUAUUCCUUGAAUGUGUUCUACCUUAUUUUUAUUUGUUGUGAGUCGAUAAGGAUGUUUUUUAAUUUAAGUCUCUCAUUUAACUGCUUACCAAAUUGUGCAUAAAAACAAUAAAUUCCUACCUACUCCCAAAUUAUAGACCACUGGAUCCUAAUCCUGUAAUCCUAAAGACAUAACAUAAUAUUUAUAUAAGGAAAAAAAAUAAAUAAAAUUAAAAAAUUGAAAAAAAAAAUAUACAGGGUGGGGACUUUAACUGGAACUAAUUCGCUAGAACCUUCGGAUAAAAUAUGCGGACAAAACGCAAAAACACGUCGAUUCAGAUUUUUAGCUUAAGAUUUUUUCACAUUAAUUUUUUUAUACAGGGUGUUCCUAGAACAGCUGUAUGGUUAUCAACUUUAUUUUUUUAAAUGGUAGCCCCUGUAUAUUAUGACAUUUCUGGAUUCUGUGGAAAAUUCUAGACAUAUUUCAUGUACAAUGUCAUAUACCUAUCUCCAACUGUUUCGGAAAUAUUGACAGUUAAAAAUGGACCUUUUUGCAUCUUUGACAGCCUGUAAAACCUGAACGGUUAAUUGUACAGCAAAACGGAUCAUACAUUCUUAUCUUAGUUUUUCAUAAAGUAGCAUUUGACACCAACUUUGAAUUUAAUCCAUGAUUAAAAAUUACGCUCGAAUUAUUAAUCUCAGGUUAAAUUCAAAGUUGGUGUCAAAUGAUAGCUUAUGAAAAUCUACGAUAAGAAUGUAAAAUCGGUUUUGCUGUAAAAUCAACCGUCUAGGUUUUACAGUCUGUCAAAUAUGCAAAAAGGUCAAUUUUCAACUGUCAAUAUUUCCGAAACAGUUGCAGAUAGGUAUAUGACAUUGUACAUGAAAUAUGUCUAGAAUUUUCCACAGAAUCCAGAAAUGUCAUAAUAUACAGGGGCGGCCAUUUAUAAAAAUUAAGUUGAGAACCAUACAGCUGUUCUUGGAACACCCUGUAUAAAAAAAUUAAUGUGAAAAAAUCUUAAGCAAAAAAUCUUAAUCGACGUGUUUUUGCAUUUUGUCGACAUAUUUUAUCCGAAGGCUCUAGCGAAUUAGUUCCAGUUAAAGUCCCCACCCUGUAUAUAUACGGGUGUCCCACGGUGGAUGGCGUAUUAGACGUUUAUGGAGAACUAAAAAGCGGAUCAUUUUGAAAAUGUGGCAACCGGGAUAAACGACCAUGAUCUACACUUUAAAAAUAUUUUUGACCAUGCGGUGUUGCCGCUUCUACUCUAAACUAGUGGCAACAUUACUAUUUUAAAUGGACCACCCCGUAUUUAAUUGCAUAUUUGGAUUCUACGUAAAAUUCUGAGCAGAUUUCAUGUGAUAUACCCUAUACCUAAGUUCAACUGUUUUGGAAAUAUUGACAGUUCAAAAUUGACUUUUUGCAACUUUGACAGGCUGUAAAACCUAAUUGGUUAAUUUUAGAGGAAAACCGAUUUCACAUUCCUAUCUUACAUUUUGAUAAACUAUCAUUUAACACCAACUUUGAACUUAACCAGAGAUUAAAUUUAACUGAAUUUUUCAAUCAUGGAUUUAAUUCUAAGUUGGUGUCAAAUGAUAGUUUAUAAAAAUCUAAGAUGGGAGGAAUGUAAAAUCGGUUUUCCUCUUAAAUUAACCGUUCAGGUUCCACAGCCUGUCAAAGUUGCAAAAAGUCAAUUUUUAACUGUCAAUAUUUCCAAAACAGUUGAACUUAGGUAUAGGGUAUAUCACAUGAAAUCUGCUUAGAAUUUUACGUAGAAUCCAAAUAUGCAAUUUAAUACGGGGUGUUCCAUUUAAAAUAGUGAUGUUGCCACUAGUUUAGAGUAGAAGCGGCAACACCGCAUGGUCCAAAAUAUUUUUAAAGUGUAGAUUAUGGUCGUUUAUCCCGGUUGCCAA